ACAACUGCCAAAAGCCUAACGUUGGGCGGAUGAGGAAGUGAAAGAGAAAGUCGUGGGUUGGGCAAUGUUAAAGGUUAAUAAAGGUUGACUCUAACCUUGCUCAGACACUCAGACUUUUGGGUUAGGCUAGUUGUGUCGGGCUUGUUCGAAAGUAGCCACUCAGGUAACUGAAAGUCAAAGAGGAAGUGACCCCACCUCCUCCGCUGGACAGAGACAUCCCCGACAUGGCCGGUGCGGCGAUCCAGGACUCGGACUACAAGUGUUCCCUCUCAGCGGACGUUGAGGACAAAGCCAAGAAGGAGCUGAAAGAGGACCCGAGCACCCGGUUGGUGGAGGUGAAGAACUUGAGGACCAGAGUCGGGAAAAUACCAGGUCUGAAGACCCGGACUGACCUCCCUUUUCUUCUGUCGUUCCUGCGGGCUCGUAAGUUUGACCAGGAGCGCUCGUACCAGCUGGUGAAGAACCACUAUGAGGUGAGGAAAGACAUCGAGUUCUUCGGCGACCUGAAGCCGUCUCGCAUCAAGCACGUUAUCGAGGACGGUGUGGUGGAAAUUUUGGAGCAUCCAGACAACAACGGAUGUCGCGUUAUGGUUCUGCGUCCAGCACGAUGGGACCCCGACCGCUACCCGAUGACAGACAUGCCCAAGGCGUUUUACCUCCUGCUGUGUUACCUUGCCCGCGAUGAAGAGGCACAGGUCCACGGUGUGCAUGUUAUCAACAACCUGUCCGACUUGACUUGGAAACAUGCGUCCAACAUCAAUCCGUCAUUUGCCAAGAAGACCUUGCACAUUCUGCAGGAUGUGGUCCCUCUGAGGCUGAAGAGAUUGGACUACGUGAAUGAACCGACUUUCUUUGACAUCAUUUUCUCCAUCAUGAAGCAGUUCAUGAAGGAAAAACUGGUGAAGAGGAUCCAUUUUAACGGAGAGAAACGGGACAUGCUGCAUGCGUCCAUCAGCCCAGACUUCCUGCCAACGGAUCUGGGGGGAAAACUGGCACCGUACAGCAACAAGAAAUUCAUGGAUGCCUUCCUGGCAUCUGACAGCAGUUUCGAGGAGGACAACAAGUUUGGGUUUCUCAACAUGAGCCUGGACAAGGACCAGAAGGAGAAAAAGAAUGCAGACGCUGGGAUGGCUGGCCUGGGAGGAAUGUUCCGGAAACUAGAUAUCUAGUUGUCUCGCACACAACUGUUUGUGGCUUAGUUGAGCUGCAUUGACUUAAGACCUUUUUAGAACUUGUACUUGAACAGGUUUGUGCUGAUGUUGCUUCCUUUCUGUGUGUUUGGGAAUAAAUUGGGGCACGACGCGGUGGAAUCAGGCUCUUGUCAAUUUUUGGGCUAAGGGAGUUGAUGGUAUCAUCUUAGGGCCUGUCCACUCUCCUUGUUUUAGGUGAAAAUAAUAUCCAUCUAUGUUGAAUAGAAGUCGAGAUAUGUGUGUUUGAAGGAGGUGAGGGUCAUCUGGUUUC